CCGUUGAUACGGUCUCAGGAAACUCUCGGACUUUUUUCAAUCCGCCACGACCUUCGCACAGUUCGACUUGCCGGCAAGUCGGGGAUUAGACUCUCCCGAGAUCCCGCUAACUGGUAUGCAAGGCUUGGCGUAUAGUAAGCCUUAAUGCGAAACUACCCACAUUCAGCCGGUAGGCUACUUAAUCCUAGCCCUUCAUCGAGACCAGGGACAUAUGAUUGGCACUCUUACUGCUGGUAGGCGCACGUCUGAACGCCCUUCAAUGCGAAUGUAAGGAGUACAAGCGAUGUGCAAUCGACUAUCCGAGACCUCUCACGUGAGAUACCGUUUUGCUUAAGGCACAUGCAUUUGGUUUCGGGUCGCUUACACGCAAGACAUAUAUUUGAAGUAUCUAUACGCACCAAAAAUGACAGGACAUCGGUUCAUCCUCCUUUCCUUCUUCUGUGAGGCACCCAGUGAUAGAUUUCACACUCUCAAACAUGUCCUUUCUAUCGAACUACUUCAUUAGGCAGCGAGUCGCUCCUCCGCCUAUACCCACGGAUCUCGUCAUCCCACUUCACAGCCGCGACGACACGGAGCAAAACAGAAACAUAUCAAUCGAAUUCACAAUGUGUUUUGACGAUGUUAUCGAUGAGCAGAAGCUUGUCGACGCAUUAUGGAGAUUGCUGGAGAAGCCGGGCUGGAGGAAGUUGGGAGCGCGACUGCGCCUCAACACCAGCAACGACAAAUUGGAAUACCACAUACCAACACAGUACACCAAAGAGCGCCCACCAGUCAACUUCACCCAUGAGACCUACAACACCAAAUUAAAGGAUCACCCUAUUGGUCGCCAAUUCCCUUGUGCAGACGAGCGUAACGACAGAAUCCAAGUCUUCGACAUUCGAGAGUCGCUACGCGAGAUUACGCGUGCAAAGGAUGGUACUGUAUUCCUCGAUGACUGGCUCUACGAUGAUAAAGCGCAGUUAGGUUUACAUGUAGCGAGCUUCAAGGAUGCGUCACUUGUUACCCUGACGUGGCUACACACGCUUCUCGACGCGAUGGGACGACAGACUUUACUAAGAGCGUGGACAGCGGUACUGGAAGGAAGAGACGACGAUGUACCAGAAUUCUGGGGCUACGAUUUCGAUCCAUUGGAGCAACUUGGAGCUCCUCUCGACGAAGACAACCAGGACGCAGAGGGUACGAGUACCGCUCAUGCGCAGGUGCAAGAGGAGGCGCAGUCUCAAAUCUGGAUGGUGCUGUCAAACCUCAAGACCUGGCUUUCACGCUUGGUAGACCCCAGAGCAACGUUCGCAUACCUCUACUCCCAGUUCUUCAGACUGGAAACAAUGCAGAACGGCCGCAUGCUCUACAUGCCUGCAGACUACAUGACUCGCCUGCGAACUGAAGCAACGCGCGAUCUCACCUCUCUCGACGCCUCCCAAAUCACUUACAACACCACGACAUCUUCCGCACCAAAGCCCUUCCUCUCAGACGGCGACAUCUUCUCAGCGUGGUUAAUCCGGCAUCUUGUAUCCACCAAUACCUCUCUUCUCAACUCCCGACCCGUUCGACCCAUUGUAAUCCUGAACGUCUUGGGCAUGCGAGACGUGUUAUCGACUUCUUCAUCCAAGUACGAAGCCUUGAUUCCCAGAGGAAAAGCAUAUGUAGCAAACUGCACAGCAGGAAUCAUCUCCCCAUUCAGCGUACAGCAGUUUCUCAGUAUGCCAUUGGGUCAUAUUGCGGCUCGUAUUCGCAAAGACCUCGUUGAGCAGGGGACUAGAGAGGCUGUGGAAGCUUCGCAGCGUGCUAGCCGCAGCGGACAGCAGAAAGCUACGCCGCCGGCAGAUGCGCAGAUGGCGCCGGUGGUUUUCGUGUUCUCGAAUUGGGCAAAGGCGAAGUUGUUCGAGACGGAUUUUAGCGCUGCCGUUGUUUCUGACAAAGAUGAUGGGGAUGGGUCGACGAUUAGGCCGACUAAAGGAAGGCCUACGUACAUUAGUGUAUAUGGCAAUGAUAGACGGGUAAACGGUCUGGGUAAAGGUCCAGGAGGCGUGGGAAAUUGUGUUGGCAAGGACGCCAGAGGCGGGUAUUGGUUUGGAGCAAUCUCUUCAGCGAGAGAGUUCGCGGAAGGUUUCGAAAAGGCUGUAUUGAGCGAUUCAUAGGCCAAUGGGAGGCUCUUCAAAAUGUUCAGCGUCACUAGGAGGGCCUAUAAUUCGUGUCGCAUUCUAUGCAGAAAAUUCUGAGCUAUGAGUACACAUAACUUUAGCAACCGUCUAGUUGUUAAGAUCUAGCAGUAUCUAUGCGACACAAAGUCUUCCCACACCUAGUUGCGUUGUUACUUCGAGCAAUGGCAUCCCAAAUUAACAGGCACUU